AUGUCGCGGUUGUUCCUAGCCGCGCCCGGUUCUCUGUCCAGGGUAGAGCAUUCCGCCUUGCACAGAUUUUCGUCCAUUUAUAUCGUCGCCGUCGCCUUCGCGCAGUCCCCUCCCGUCGCCUUCGCGCACACCCCUCCCAUCGCCUUCGCGCACUCCCCUCCCGUCGCCUUCGCGCACUUCCCUCCCGUCGCCUUCGCGCACUCCCCUCCAGUCGCCUUCGCGCACUCCCCUUCCGUCGCCUUCGUGCACUCCACUCCCGACGCCUUCGCGCACUCCCUUCCCGUCGCCUUCGCGCAAUCCCCUCCCGUCGCCUUUGCGCACUCCCCUCCCGUCGCCUUCGCGCAGUCCCCUCCCGUCGCCUUCGCGCACUCCCCUCCCGUCGCCUUUGCGCACUCCUCUCCCGUUGCCUUCGCGCACUCCCCUCCCGUCGCCUUCGCGCACUCCCCUCCCGUUGCCUUCGCGCACUCCCCUCCCUCGCCUUCGCGAGACGCCUCUUUCGCCCUUCCUCAUUCCUUUCUGUCGCCCAGCACACUCCCCUCUGUCGCCAAGCUCACUCCCCUCCGUCGCGCUCGGUAG